CACCACUCUCCCCUCACAUCCCACUCUCCUCUCACUUCCGAUAUCUGUGUAAAAAUUCUUUGGCUAUGGCUAUCGAAUACUUCUGCAAGUUUCUCUUUUUUGUUUUGCUCAUUUUGUUUAACUUUAUGCAAAUAACAGUCCAAGAAAAUACUGUUUCUUUCUCUUUUCCUUUAACCUCAGCCCCUCUAUUGAAAAAUGCUUCUCAUAAAGCAGUUUUAAGGGCUUCUCUUCUUUCAUCUCAACCUCGUAAAGCACUGGUGCAGAAGCCAGUUCCAGGGUCAUCAUCAUAUGACUACAAAUCAGCAUUCAAGUACUCAAUGGCUCUGAUUGUUUCACUCCCGAUUGGGACCCCACCUCAGACUCAACAAAUGGUUUUGGAUACUGGCAGUCAACUUUCAUGGAUUCAAUGCCACAGGAAGUCACCUAAAAGGCCACCUCCUCCACCCACGACGUCGUUUGAUCCUUCUCUUUCAUCUUCUUUCUCUGUUCUACCUUGUAACCACCCCAUCUGCAAGCCGCGGAUUCCCGAUUUUACCAUCCCAACUUCGUGUGACCAGAACCGGUUGUGCCACUAUUCUUACUUCUAUGCGGACGGAACACUGGCUGAGGGCAAUCUCGUAAGAGAAAAAUUUACAUUUUCUAGUUCCCGAAGUACACCUCCGCUGAUUCUUGGAUGUGCAACGGAAUCCGCCGAGGCGGAGGGUAUUUUGGGGAUGAAUCUUGGACGGUUGUCGUUUAUCUCUCAAGCUAAGAUAUCAAAAUUUUCUUAUUGUGUGCCACUAAGACAGGGCGGUGUCCAAACAAUGCCCACAGGAACAUUUUAUCUUGGCCAAAAUCCAAAUUCACACACAUUUCAAUAUAUCAGUCUUUUGACUUUCCCUCAAAGUCAACGCAAGCCCAAUCUUGAUCCCCUAGCCUUCACCGUUGCUCUUCUAGGGAUAAAAAUUGGUGGGAAAAAACUGAACAUCCCCGAAGCGGUUUUCCGGCCAGACGCAGGAGGUUCCGGUCAGACAAUGAUCGAUUCUGGCACACAAUACACGUUUCUAGUGGACACGGCAUACUCUAAGGUAAGGGAAGAAGUAGUGAGACUAGUAGGUCCAAAAUUGAAGAAAGGGUACGUGUAUGGAGGUUCAUUGGACAUGUGUUUUGAUGGCAAUCCAAUUGAAAUUGGACAGUUAAUAGGAGACAUGUCUUUUCAAUUCGACAAGGGUGUAGAAAUUUUAAUCAGCAAGGAGAGAAUUUUAGAUCACGUAGAAGGUGGGGUCCAUUGCGUAGGAAUCGGACGGUCCGAAUCUCUUGGUGUUGCGAGUAACAUCAUAGGUAAUUUUCAUCAACAGAAUCUAUGGGUGGAAUUUGAUACGACCAAUCGUCAAGUUGGGUUUGGCAAAGCUGACUGUAGCAAAACCGUGUGAUGAUCACUGUUUUUAAUCUAGUACGUACGUAGAGUUAACAUGGUAUGGCAGAAAAAUGAGGUACAUAUAGUGGUUGAUAAUAUUGUAGCAGUGCUUUGUAAUAUCAUCCUGCACAGGAUGAAAAAACAUGUAUCUAUUACAAGAUUUAUGUAUUUAUACGUACAUGUAUGUCUGUAUGUACAUGACAUGGCAUUACUUGAUGCCAUUUCAUGUCAAAUUUUGCCACGGAUGGAUGUCUUGUACAUGAGAUUUUGACGAUAUUAUGUUUCUAUGUCUUUAUUUA